UUCAACUUCCUGUUUCAAAGUCCAGCUGAGAGCUGGAGCAGGCAGUCCUGAACAGCUAAAACUGAAAAUGUUGGACAGGAUCUUCUUAGAAUUUCUACUUUUUUAUAUCUGAGUGUUGUGAGAGCGUGUGUGUCCAGACAUGCAGCAGUCACUGGAAGCUCUGGUUCGGUUGCUGGAGUCCUACAGAGGAAGAGAUAAAGUUAUCAGGACAGUCUGUUAUGGCUCUCAACUUGUUGGAGGAGUUCUCACUCGGCGUGCAGGGACAGAUGCUCCCUCACAGCAGCUUGGGAAAAGUCUGCUGCUGUUUUCUGCACAGCUCAGCCACUGCCGGACGGUGCUGAGGCUGUUUGAUGAUCUCGCCAUGCUGGCGUACUCCUACAGCUAUGGGCUUGGAGCUUCGGAGGAGGACACCGGCGUUCGCUGGAUAUCCGUGCUGACCAAUGUGGCGGACCAGCUCUACUACCCCUGUGAACAUAUCGCCUGGGCUGCUGAUGCUGAGCUGAUCAAAGUGAAGUCGGAUAAGUGGUGGUUGUUCAGCACCGUGUUGUGGGGGACCUCACUGCUGCUUGGGAUCCUGAGGUCACUUCGAGUUCUCCUGCUGCUGAAGAAGAAGUUGAAGAAGUAUGAGAGGGAUGGAAGGAACAGCAGACACUCUCAGCUCCGCAGACAGAUGCGAGGAGAGCUGCUCUCCAUCCUCAGCAGUAUGGCUGAUCUCAGCAACGCCGUUCACUGGAUGCCUCCGGGCUUCUUGUGGGCAGGACGCUUCCCCAGCUGGCUGGUGGGGCUUCUGGGCACCACAUCCUCUCUGAUUGGUUUGAUCCAGAUGAACAGCGGUGACAGUGAGCAGUCAGACAGUACAGAGUCGGUUUCAAUCAAAAUGGAAUCGGACAUUUUCCCUGUCGAUCUGACGGCUUCUGCGGCUGUAGACCCUCCUUCUGAUUCGUUGCCAGUUAAUGGAACUUCAAGGCUUGAUGCGAGUUUGAUGACAGCAGCUCUGAUUCGCUCAGAGGGAGAAGAUGUUGAUUGUUUCAACUUGAUUGAGCCUCCCCCAUUAGAUUGGAGAUCAGACUCUUCUAGCGAAGCAGUUUCAGCUGAUGAUCUGGAUGACCCCAGCCUGCCUCCCGCUGCUGACACACUGGACAUAGCAAGUCUUGGAGAAUCAGUUUUGCCAUGUUUGGAAGUGAGAGAUAUUUUGACACCAUUUGAUGCUAACCAACACAUGCUUCUGGAUAAUGUAGCUGACCAAGUCCAGGAUUUGGAGGCCGGAUUUGAAGAGAGCAGUGAAGCAGUUGAGGAGAAGGUGGAGGUGGAGAUGAGGGCUGAUGGCGCAAAGCGAGAGCAAGAAGUGAUGACAUUUAGAGACGUCGAAGAGAGAAUCAGUGAAGAUGAAAUCGAGGUUUCCAACAGAGGAUCAGAUGAUGAGGACCACAGCCGCAUCCACACACUUCUGAGCCACCUUCAGUUAAGGGACAAAGACCUCCAUCCUUGUCAUCAGACACCAACUUACCAUCACUACUCCAGCGUUUCUGAGCAGCAAGCUUAUGCUUCGUCCCUAUUAACAGACGACAGCUGUGAAACCACAGGCCUGCUCUUCUCUGAACACCACCAGAGAGACCUGUUAGGACUGCUGCAGUGUACAGAUAUCACCGCAGCGCCCCAUCCCGCCUGUGUUCCUCACAGAGGCGAGGUGGAUGCCGUAGUGUCAGUUUCAUACAACCAGGAGGACGCUCAGAAGUUCUGGAAGCAAUAUGAGAACAGACGACCGCAGCGACAAAGGGAGGACUCCAUCGCCUCUCUGCCUGAUGACGAGUACCCUGAACCAGUUUGGAUGAAGCUGGGGGAGGAGCCUCCGGAGGAUGAAGCUGCUGCAGAGAAUGAACAGAAUUCUGAUGAUCAGCCCUCAUAUAAAGAUGUACCUGGGCCUUGUGACCCUGAAGACCUGUUGGAUGGAGUCAUAUUUGGUGCAAAGUAUCUGGGCUCCACUCAAAUCAAAUCAGACAGGAACCCUUCGACAAACGCUCGUAUGUCCCAGGCUCAGGAAGCUGUGGACAGAAUUAAGGCUCCAGAGGGAGAGUCUCAGCCAAUGACAGAAGUGGAUCUGUUCAUCUCCACUCAACGAAUUAAAGUGCUGACCGCUGACACACAGGAAGCCAUGAUGGACCACGCUCUACAGAUGAUCUCUUACAUAGCUGAUAUCGGGGAUAUUGUGGUCCUGAUGGCACGAAGAAAGCAAAAAGGGCAGGACGGUGACCCCACCUGUAAAGGCUCCUCUGCAUCAUCAUCAUCUGUGCCUCAGAAGAAGUGCUUGAUGAUCUGUCAUGUCUUCUCCUCUGAGGAUGCUCAGACCAUAGCGCAGGCUAUCGGACAAGCAUUUGGAGUGGCUUACCAGCAGUUCCUUCAGACCAAUGGCAUCAAGGCCAGCGAUCUGAAGCCAGGCGAGUACAGUGACUACCUGGAAAGUCAGGAGCUCUACAACGGAGACCUGGCCCAUUUCUCCGACUCUCAGAACCUUCGAGAUAUAGCCAUCACUAAGGCCCCUGGAGAGAUCCUGGGUUUGGCAGUGGUGGAGUCAGGCUGGGGCUCCAUCCUGCCCACUGUGGUUGUGGCCAACCUCCUUCACGGCGGCCCAGCAGAGCGCUCUGGUGAGCUCAGCAUCGGUGACCGUAUUAUGUCGGUGAACGGCACCAGCUUGGUGGGUCUGCCUAUCACUACCUGCCAGAACAUCAUCCGGGACCUGAGAAGUCAAAAGUAUGUGAAGCUCAGCAUUGUCCACUGCCCUCCCGUAACCAUGGCGAUCAUAAAGAGACCAGAUCCUAAAUUUCAGCUGGGUUUCAGCGUCGAAGAUGGGAUUAUCUGCAGUUUGAUGCGCGGCGGCAUCGCAGAAAGGGGAGGAAUCCGUGUGGGGCACCGAAUCAUUGAAAUCAACGGGCAGAGUGUUGUAGCAACCCCACACGAUAAAAUCAUCCAGAUCCUGACAAAUGCUGUGGGAGAGAUUCACUUGAAGACAAUGCCCGCCUCCACCUAUCGACUCCUAACAGGACAAGAACAGCCGGUGUUUCUCUGACCACCGCCCGCUUCACAAGGACAUAAACGCUGCACAGUGUUCAAACUACACCAGUUGUUGCCAAACUCAAAAAAUAUUAUGCAUAUCGUGUUGCACAGCUUAAUGUCGACUGUUGCCACACCACAAACUGUACUAGUUAUAUAUUUUUAAGAUGUAAAGUACUUUUGAAUAUGAAAGCCCAAUUUGAAACGACAGGGAUAGAUGCCAGCUCUCCACUUAAGUCUAACAUAUAUUUACAAUGUUUAACAUUUUAUGCAUUAGUUUCUGACCUCACUAACUCAGAAGUUAGGUAUUGGUGUGUUGUAUCAAGAAUGGUGAACUUCAUUAGUCUUCCAGUCUGGCUUGUGCUCCCAGUGUGCCUGAGGUAAACGGGUUGGAAGAGGUUACUGUUCUGAAUCAGGAAAAAAAACAAUCUGUUUUUAUUGUGAUGCUCUUCCUGUUCAUUACAUACAUAUCAACUAAUGUCUGCUACUAGCUUCAGAGUGCUCUGAUCCAUUUAUGCAUUGUCACUGGCUGUGCCUGAUGUAAACCAGAUUGCUGUAUUUACAGAUAAAGAUGACUGCCUUUUGUGAUAGAGAUGUGCUUAUAUUUUUAAGUAUACGCUGAUGCCAGUGUUCAUUAAAAUGAGCUGCGAAAAAUUUCUCAUGGUUUUUAUUUAUUGGGAUGCAGUGGUUGAUAUAAUAUAUAAAAGUUUUGAUACAGCAUUGCUUUUUUGUUGUUGGUAAGAAAAAUAAUUCAAUAUUUUAAAAGCAAGUUACAUUCUCAAUGCAG